GGGGUGAGAGAUGGGGACUGUCUUGGCCCAAGUGAGUGACGGGGUCUCCCGGGGUGAGUGAUGGGGGCUGUUUUGUCUGAAGUGAGUGAUGGGGUUUCUGAGAUGAGUAAUGGAGGCAGUUUUGGCUUAAGUGAGUGACGGGGUUUCUGGGGUGAUUGAUGGGGGUGUUUUGGCUGAGUGAUGGGGGUUUACAGGGUGAGUGAAGGUGGAUCGGUGAGGUAAAUGAGGGCCAGUCAGCCCUAGUGAGUGAAGGAGCUGUACUGGCUGAGUGACAGGGGAUUUCUGGGGUGAGUUCUGGGAACUGUGGGGACUUCCUGGCAUCUCUUCAGAACCCCCAUGUCAGGCCACAUUGUUGAGGCUGCAAGACCUCCCUUCACAGCCUAGCCCACCUCUCCCCAGUGGCCCUGACUGGAGCAUUCAGACACCUACCCAGCUUCUGGCUCCUGGGGAGAGUGGAGUUAUCAGCAAAAGGAACCAAGAGAAGACACCCAGAAGGACAUGCCUGCUGACGUGAAUUUAUUCCAAAUGCCCCAGGUCCUGGGUCCAGAGGAGCAUGAUGGGUUGUGUGAGGGAUCAGUAUCAUUCGAGGAUGUGACUAUGGACUUCAGCAGGGAGGAAUGGCAGCAACUGGAUUCUGCCCAGAGACACCUGUACCAGGAUGUAAUGCUGGAGAUUUACAGCCACCUCUUCUCAGUGGGGUAUCACAUUCCCAACCCAGAAGUCAUCUUCAGGUUGGUAAAAGGAAAGGAGGCUGAACUCCCACAUCAAAGGUAUCAAGAAGGGAAGUUUGGGCUUGAAACUCCACAACAGGAAAUUUCUGAGACAGCUUCAUUUCAAGAAAAUAGGACAGGUGAGGACAUAAGAGAUGGUUCAUGGUAUUCCAUUUUAGAAGAACUGAGGAAAGAUGCUGACCAUACAGAGAGAGAUCAACAAAAUCAAAUUCAACUCAAGAACCAUAAUACCAUCUUCAGCAACAAAACAUUGAACACAAAGAGCAAUUGUGAAUAUAAGGACCCUGGGAAAAUCAUUCACAUGAGGCCCCAUACUAUUUCUUCACAUAAAAGAUUUCAAAAAUGUUGCUCAUUUACAAAAAGUUUGAAGCCUAACCUAGAAGUGAACAGUCAAAAUCGAAGCAACACCACAAAACAGCUUGAUGACAGCAUUGAGUCUAGCCAGCUAUUCACUCAUAGCUCUUCCAAUAUUUGCAGCAAGAAUAUUCAAACAGGAGAAAGUUUCUGCAAAAACAAGCAUUGUAGAAAAAUUUGCAGCCAUAAGCAGUCACUCACUCAACACCAAAUUCAUAUUCAGGAGAAACCAGAUGAAUGUACUGAAUGUGGGAGGGACUUCACUCAAAAUUCACACCACUUUACACAACAGAGACCCCAUCGUGUAGAACACCUCCAUGAAUGCAGCAAAUGUGGAAAAACCUUCACCCCACAAGCAAAACUCAGUGUAUGUCUGCCAGAUCAUACAGGUAACAUACCCUAUAUAUGUAAAGAAUGUGGGAAGGUCUUUAUUCAGAGAUCAGAACUGAUUACACACCAGAAAACACACACUAGAAAUAAGCCCUAUGAAUGCCAUGAAUGUGGAAAAGCCUUUUUCCAGAUGCUAUCACUCUUCAGACAUCAGAGAACUCACAGUAGAGAAAAACUCUAUGAAUGUAGUGAGUGUGGCAAAGGCUUCUCCCAGAACUCGACCCUUAUUAUACAUCAGAAAAUUCAUACUGGUGAGAGGCAGUAUGCAUGCAGCGAAUGUGGAAAAGCCUUCACCCAGAAGUCAACACUCGGCUUGCACCAGAGAAUCCAUUCAGGGCAGAAGUCCUAUGUGUGUAUUGAAUGUGGGCAGGCCUUCAUCCAGAAGGCACACCUGAUUGUACAUCAGAGAAGUCACACAGGCGAGAAACCUUAUCGGUGCCACAACUGUGGGAAAUCCUUCAUUUCCAAGUCACAACUUGACAUACAUCAUCGAAUUCAUACAGGAGAGAAACCUUACGAAUGUGGUGAUUGUGGAAAAACCUUCACCCAAAAGUCACACCUCAAUAUACACCAGAAAAUUCAUACUGGAGAAAAACACCAUGUAUGCAGUGAAUGUGGGAAAGCCUUCAACCAAAAGUCAAUACUCAGCAUGCAUCAAAGAAUUCAUACAGGAGAGAAGCCUUACAAAUGCAGUGACUGUGGGAAGGCCUUCACUUCUAAGUCUCAAUUCAAAGAGCAUCAGCGAAUUCACACGGGUGAGAAACCGUAUGUGUGUGUUGAAUGUGGGAAGGCCUUCAAUGGUAGGUCAAAUUUUCAUAAACAUCAGAUAACUCAUACUAGAGAGAGACCUUUUGUCUGUUACAAAUGUGGAAAGGCUUUCAUCCAGAAAUCAGAGUUGAUUACCCAUCAAAGAACUCACAUUGGAGAGAAACCUUAUGAAUGCUGUGAAUGUGGGAAAUUAUUCAGUAAGAAACCACAACUCAAGGUACAUCAGCGAAUUCAUACAGGUGAGAGACCUUACAUGUGUUCUGAAUGUGGGAAGGCCUUCAACAACAGGUCAAAUUUUAAUAAACACCAAACAGCUCAUACCAGAGACAAAUCUUACAAACACAGUUAUUCAUGAGAGGCUUUACCAAGAAAUCAUUUCCUAGUGCAUCAGCAUAUUCAUAAGUGAAAUAUACUUCCUGAGUUUCUUGAAAAAGAGAAAAUUUCUCACGAGAGUCAGAUGUAAUUGUAUGUGAUAGAAUUAAUCUUUCACAAAAACUCUAGCCAUGCUUUGCAUGUGUAAACACAUAGUCACAUGUUAUUUUAUGUGAGGGAAAUUAUUCAGGAGGUAACUUUUUUUUUUUUGAGUUGAAGUCUC